CGGCCAAGACCGACAGAUUCUGUCCGGUACUGAGCCGGGCUUGGCGGAGCCCAGGAGACCUCUGGGAGUGCGAGCCAGCCCAAGGAGUGCGCAGGCGCAGACUUUCUGGCUCGCCAUAGUCGUCUUUGUCUGCGGGCCAGCUUCCUUGUGCAUCCACAGGAACUGCACUUGCCUUAUCCUUCAAAACCUCCAAGAGCCCUGUGGCCUCAGCCUGAAUUAUGGGAUGCUACUUUGACCCUCAAUAGUAAUGUCCAAGCUCUGUGUCACUGUUUAGAAGUUUAAGGUACCAGUUUAACAAGAAGGCAGUGGAUGACUGAGAGAGAAAUAUAAAGGAGGUGCUAUCCAGAAAAGGUCUGGGCAACUUAUAUAGAUAAAGGCAUAACAUGGAAGACAUGUGAGUUGUCUCCUUCUUCUGCAUGAAAAUACAGCUAGGAAAAAACUCAGAAAACCUGGGUAACAGAAAAAUAUUUCCUCUGAACAGAGACACUGAUUCUUUAAGACUAUAUCUCUAUGUAUGGGACUCAGUUUAAGGGAAUUUAGAACAUAAUUUAUACUUAAAUAUAAGAGAAGCUGUCUAAGAAAGAACCAUUAAGAAUACAAUGAUGUCAUAUAUUUCAUCCCAAUCCGUAAUCGUCUAAUCUCAAUAUAAGCACUGUGAAGUCUUUCAUCAUAAAUUCAACUUCAUUAGAUACUUGAUGAUUAAUAUUGGAGAGAAACCAUAUGACACUGAUGAAUGUGGAAAAACUUUUAUCUAUGUCACAUGUCAAGAGAUACUGAGGAAUUCUUGUUAGAAAAAAUAUCUGUGCAUGAUAAGAAUGUUGGAAAGCCUUCAGCCUGAAGCAGAUCUCCGUCAGCAUGAUCAGAUUCAUAGUAGAGAGAAAGCUCAUGAAUGCAGUGAAUGUGGAAAAACCUUUAUCCUGAAGCAAAACCUCAUAGAGCAUAAGAAAAUGCAUACUGGAGAAAAAUCACAUGAAUGUACUGAAUGUGGUAAAGUAUUCUCUCGAGUCUCAUCCCUUACUCUACAUUUGAGAAGUCAUACAGGAAAGAAACCAUAUAAAUGUAAUAAAUGUGGAAAAGCUUUCAGCCAGAAAAGAAACUUCCUUUCUCAUCAGAAACAUCAUACUGGAGAGAAACUUCAUGAAUGUGGGAAAGCUUCUAUUCAGAUGGCAGGCCUCAUUAAAAACCAGAGAAAUCAUACUGGAAACAAACCGUAUGCAUGUAAGGAAUGUGGAAAAGCCUUCAAUGGCAAAUCAUAUCUCACCGAGCAUGAGAAAAUUCAUACGGGAGAGAAACCAUUUGAAUGUAAUCAAUGUGGAAGAGCCUUCAGCCAGAAGCAAUACCUCAUUAAACAUCAGAAUAUCCACAGUGGAAAGAAACCCUUUAAAUGUAAUGAAUGUGGAAAAACCUUUAGCCAGAAGGAAAACCUCAUUAUCCAUCAAAGAAUACAUACUGGAGAGAAACCUUAUGAAUGCAAAGGGUGUGGGAAAGCUUUCAUUCAGAAGUCAAGCCUGAUUAGACACCAGAGAAGUCAUACAGGAGAGAAACCCUAUAUAUGUAAAGAAUGUGGGAAAGCCUUCAGUGGCAAAUCAAAUCUCACUGAGCAUGAGAAAAUUCAUAUUGGAGAAAAACCCUAUAAAUGUAAUGAAUGUGGAACAAUCUUUAGGCAGAAGCAAUACCUCAUUAAACAUCACAAUAUUCAUACAGGAGAGAAACCCUAUGAAUGUAAUAAAUGUGGAAAAGCCUUCUCUCGAAUCACAUCACUCAUUGUACAUGUCAGAAUUCAUACAGGUGAUAAACCUUAUGAAUGUAAAAUAUGUGGGAAAGCCUUCUGUCAAAGUUCAUCUCUUACUGUUCAUAUGAGAAGCCAUACAGGUGAGAAGCCCUAUGGUUGUAAUGAAUGUGGGAAAGCCUUCUCUCAAUUCUCAACUCUUGCUUUACAUAUGAGAAUCCAUACUGGAGAAAAACCUUAUCAGUGUAGUGAAUGUGGGAAGGCUUUUAGCCAGAAGUCACAUCAUAUUAGACACCAGAGAAUUCAUACUCACUAAAGCUCUGUGAAUGCCUUGAAUUUAGGAAAACUUUCAUCAGAACUCACACUUUAAUGGCAUAUUAAAAAUUCAUUUUAUAAUAAAGUGACAUGAAUGUGGAAAAUACUUCACCAACAACUCAAAAGUUAAAUACUAACAAUUUUAAUAAGUAUCAUAGUAUCAUGAAAACCUAUACUCCCAGAACUCCCACAACAAACAUUGUUAAUGAUGUACUUUUAGGAGCAGUCUCAUUGAAGUAAGGAUCCAGUCGUGAACCCUAAGCAACAUGGUUCUGGAAGGCCUACCUGAUGCAUUAAGAGGUAUAAAGAUUUGACAUUAAGAGACAAAACUGUCAUUUUAAAAAUGAUUCACUACAUAUGUAAUCAAAAUUAUUUGUUCUUGAUGCAUUUGUAGAAAUCAGAGAUUGGGACAAUAUUGUAUUCAGAAACAUGCAUGCCUUUAUUGGGAAUUGUUAAUUGAUAGAGGUGGUAUCACAGGUUGUUAGGGAAAUGAAAUCAUGAUGAUUCAAAAAAUGGUCUCAGGGUAACUGACUCUUUAUGUGGAAAAAUAUUAGAUCUCUGCUGUAAUAAUACAUUAAAGUAUUUAUUAUGAAAUCCAAAAGUACUGAAGACUAGAAUACAAAAAGUAAAACUUAGUAAUAUAAGAAUUUAAUAGGAGAAUGUUUUUAAAACCUUGGGGUAAGAGGGAAUUUCUAAAAUAGAUUCCAGGAUACUCACUCUUGAGUGUACAUGCCUAUCCCCAAGAAACCAAUACGUGUACCUAGGGAGUCAUUAUCUUUAUGUUCAUUUACGCAUGAAUUACAAUAGGAAAAAAUUGGAAACAAAUGUCUAUAGUUUGUGAAAUGGAUAAAUAAAAUGUGAUAUAGGCACAUAGUAAAAUAUUCUCUAGUAGUUAACAGGUUAUAUAUGUACAAAUAUAUUAAUAGACCUGAAAAAUCAUGUAGAGUAAAAACAAUGAAGGGAUAAAUAAUAUCAUAACUGUGAAUUUAAAUUAAAUCAACACUAACAAACACUAUUAUUAAGCACUGAUUAUAGAUAAACAUUUUUACGUAAAACUGAAGAAUGGAUUGGAAGGAUACACGCAAUUCCCAAAGGUGGUUGCCUCUAGAAAGAACAGUAGUGGAAAAGAAAUGGGACCAAGCAUGGUAGUUGAGGUAUACUUCAGUUUUGUAUCUAAAACACCUAUCAUUAAAAAGAAAGAAAGAUUCCCAGUAAAUAUAAUGAAAUGUUAGUUACCUCUAGGCUGUGGUAAUAUAAGUGUUCUAUUGUUUGUGCUAUUUCUGAAAAUUAAAAAAUAUAAAGAUAGGAGUAGGAAAGCUGUACAUGGAGUACAUGUAAUAAUAGACUCAUAAUCCCAGAUAGAUACUAAUAUUUUAUAGGAAGUAUUUCUAAAAUCAUAUCUUUACUAUAAGUUAUUUUUUAAAAUUGGGAUGGUAGCUUAAAUUAUUUAAAUUUACUCUUGCAUGUGAACUAUCACUAAUCUGUGUGAUCUCUACUUAGAAGUUAUAGCAUGAUUGUGCAUCAGGUACAUUUUUCAGGAGUUUUUAAAGUCCACAUAACCAGUACUGGCAUUAAGAAUUUGAUAUUUUUUAAAUGAAGAAACCAAGUUACUCUUAAAUUUUUACAUAUGCCACUGAGUAAAAUGUCAGCUCUUGCAUUUCACCUUCAAUUUUAACCUCAGACGUUUUUUUUCCUAUUCUGCCAGAUAUACUCAACCAAUCCUUUAAGGAAAAAAAAAAAAGGAGAUCUGAGACCUAAACAGUAUUCUUUUAUUUGAAGCAAAUCUUUUUGAGGAUUUUUGUUUACUCAAUCCCUUUCCACAACAAAUUGACAUAUACAAAGUUGUUAGUGCUCUUUUUGAAUAGUGAUAAAAAUGAGUAUCCAACAUUUAAACCUUAGUCAUAUUUCAAAUACAUCAAUUUCUUUUAAAUUCAAAAUAAUGAAAUGCUAAUAGAACCAUACCACUACACCGUUUGUAGCAGUUUGGAAGGUUGGUCUUGAGAUAAGAUUAUAAAUGCCAGGCAUUGAUUAUCUGGGGUAAUGUACCCAAAUAACAUGUAUAUCUACAUCAAUCUAAGUUAUCCUCUAUUUUUUUCCAUUCCUCAUUAAGCAUUCCUCUUAUAUUUCUUAAGUGUUUUGUUUGCCUUUGAGCUUGUGCAGCUUUGAAGUCACCAGACCAACUAAGAACUCUCAAUUCAGACCAAACUAGGAUUACCUUUUGGUUCCUGUAGUUGGCUAGUGCCAAGGUGUAACAAUGACUAGGAUAGUCACAUUGAGUCUGAUGAGUAAUACAUGUGAUAUUGUAUACUUCAGAUUUACUCUGACAUGCCCCUGUUGAUUCAGCUUGUUGCUACUUCUUUGCCACCACAAACACCACUAUAGUAAACACUCUUAAAAUCAGACCUUAAAUUUCAGAUGUUUUUAUUUCUGGAGGAUAGGUUACAGGCAAGAGAUUGUUAGAUCAAAGGACAUAUGUUAUUUUUUUUUUAUUUUAAUAGAUGCUAUCAGUUAUUUUCAAAAACACAACUUUCCUCUAACCCUGCAGCAGGUGGUAACGUACUGCUCAAAUUCAUGUCUGUCUGAUGAAUGUAGCCAUCUGCUCCUAGGUUUGCUUCUUUGUAGAUUUUCUUAUUGUUAGCUCAUUUUGAAGUCCUCUUUAUGUAUUAGACAUUAGGAAUUUGUCUAAUUUUCAUCAUAAAAAUGAUUUUUCCAUAAAAGUAUCUUAAAUUUCUAUAUAAUCAGAUAUGUAUUAUAAUUUUUUUCUAAGCUUAAUGGAUUGGUUAAGAAGAUAUUUUAAUCUCUAGAUUGUCUUUCUUAGGUUUUCUUGCAAGUUGUUUAUUGUUUGCUUUUUUCAAUAUGUAAGUAUUUAGUCCAUCUAGAAUUUAAGUUUUAAUGUCAUAUAAAAUGAGAAUUCCUUGUUAUUUUCUUCCAUAAGGGUUUCCAGUUAUACAGGCACAAUUUGUUAAAAUAACCCAUCUAUUCAGCAGCCAGUCACACAGUUCUCACACCAAAUUGUGGUAUCCACCAGCAGCAAUCACAGAUUUGAACCGGCAAUCAAUAAAACAGAACAGGCUUUAACCCAGUUUAUUAUCAGCCUUGCCCUAACAAAAACAAAAAACUAAAACAAAACCACCUUCACAGUACUGCAACUGCCCAAGCAAGCACAGCUUCCAGGGCCCCUGUGCUGCUCUGGGGAGAAAGGUCAGAAUGGGUAUAGUUCACCUAAGCACUGGGAAACAUAACAUUCUCAUCCAAGACAUGUUAUGAUAACCCACUACUGCAUCUGUACACACCUAGUUGUAAGACUGAUACCCACUUAAGCACAGGGAAGCUGCUGCAUUAGUUUCCCAAGACAUGAUGUCUCAGUCACAUAGGCUAUGGAUGUCUACAUGCCAAUUCACAGCUCCCCCUACCCCUAUCCAGGUACAGGAUACAAAUGAGGAAUCUACAGUAGUAUUUUCUUCAAGGAAACUGGUACAAAGUCAAAUCUAAGAUCAUCUUUCCAGACAUGGGUCAGUGGGAAAGGCAUAUUCCCAAUACUUUAUCAAUACCAUCAUUGUCUAUUCAACUGAAACAGCUAUGUAAUCCUUUAACCACAUGAUCUUUUCCUCAUUCAACUAAAACUGCCUUGUACUUUCAUUUAUACCAAGACCUAUUUCUGUAUUCUCGUUUCACUAAUCUAUUUUUCUACUUCUAUACCAUAUUAAUUGAUAAACUGAUUUAACAUUAGCCUUAUUGUAUUUUGAUACUGCAUAACAAAGUCCUCCUUGAUGUUUUUCAUAGUUUUAUUGGCUAUUCUAAGUUAAUUUUCUUCCUAUAUAAAUGAAGAUUGUGUUCUCAAAAUCCAAAAACCUUUUGAUAUUCUAGUUGGAAUUGUAUUAAAUUUAUAUAUUUUGGGAAAAAUGAGAUUUUUUAUUUUAAGUCUUUCUGAUCCAAAUCGUAGUGUGCCUUUGCAUUUGUUCAAACUGUAAUCAUGUCUUUCAGCAUGAGGGUCCUGAACAAAGUAAUUUGAAGGCCAUCCCUGCUUAAUAUUAUAUUUUUUAAAAGUUUGUUAGUUGGGUGAAUGAGAAAAAAAAAAAUACACCGAAGCCCUGAUCCCUAGGGUGAUGGUAUUUGGAGAUGGGGCUGUAAGGAAGUAAUUAGGUUUAGAUUAGGUCAUGAGGGUAGAACACUCAUCGUGGGAACAAUACCCAUAUAAGUGGAAGAGAGAGAUUAUAAAAGGAGAUUUCUUUCCACGUGUAUUAACUGAGGAAAAGGUCAUGUGAGCACAGCACAGUGAGAAAGCAGCUGUCUACAAACCAGGAAUUGGACCUUCACCAGGAUUUGCCAGCAUUUUGAUCUUGGGAUUUCCCAGCCUCUAGAACUGUAAGAAAUAAAAGUCUGUUGUUUAAGCCA